AUGGAAGAAAUUAUUUCAUCAAGCUCCCCAACAAAUUUUUGUCAGGAAAACUCCUCCAUAUUUCAAAAACGGCUCCAGUUCAUAUUUCAGAACAGGCCAGAGUGGUGGCUGUAUUCAAUCUUCUGGCAAGCCUCCAAUGACAGCAACGACCGUGUCUCUUUGUCAUGGGCUGGUGGCGAUUUCCGAAUCAACAGAGACUUGGCCACCAAAAGAAGCAACAAGGUGGUAAACAAUUACAACCCAAAAUUUGGGUUCAACAAUGUGGAGAGAAGGAAGGUGGUGAACAAAGACGUUGAAGAUCUUUUCCAUGAAGACAUGGUGGACUUGGCAAUGGUGGAUCAUGGAGAUGUCACCGACUCCGAGUGGUUUUACUUUUACAGCGUUUCUUUAACCCAAACGUUUGCUGCAGGCCACGCCAGCAACAAUGUUCUGGGCCGCGCGUUCUGUUCUGGAGGUUUUGUUUGGCUGGCAGGUGCUCAUGAGCUUCAGUUUUAUGAGUGUGAGAGAGUGAAGGAGGCUAGAAUGCAUGGAAUUCAAACUCUGGUUUGUAUUGCAACUCCUUGUGGGGUGCUUGAGCUCGCUUCUUUGGAUGUCAUCAAAGAAGAUUGGGGCCUCGUGCAUCUAUCGAAAUCGCUUUUCGGAUCAGACAACAACAACAAGGUCUCGCAGGAGGGCAGCUGUGAGGGCAAUGCACUUGUUCAUCUGCUAGAAAAUGGCGUGUUUUCAGGAGCUCAAAGGGAGACGACCAGACAAGGUGGUACAAAAGAAGCCGCACAUAUCAAUAUCUGCGACUCGUCACCAGACUCACCUUCGGACUCUGUUGGCAAUUUCACCUCUGAGAAUACAGCGAACACUCGAUCGAAAAAGAAAAGAAGAUCAUCGUCAACUAACGGCGCUAGUAGAGAAUCACAAUUAUUAAACCAUGUUGAGGCAGAGAGACAAAGAAGAGAGAAGCUUAACCAUCGCUUCUAUGUCCUCCGCUCUGUGGUUCCUAAUGUAUCGAAAAUGGACAGAUCUUCUUUGCUUGCUGAUGCUGUGUCAUACAUCAACCAGCUCAAAGCAAAGGUUGAGGAAUUGGAGGCCAAAGUACAAGAACAACCCAAAAACCCCAAAGUGAGCAAUUCAAGUAGCCUUGAUCAUCAGAGCAGCCAAAGCACCAGUUCCAUAGUUAAUCAUCCUCAUUCAAGUUAUAACAAUAGAUCAGUUGCUCCUUUGGAAGUGGAUGUGAAGAUUUUGGGCUCCGACGCCAUGAUCCGAGUUCAGUGUCCAGAUCAAGACUACCCAUAUGCUAAGUUGAUGAAUGCACUCAAAGCCCUAGGGUUACAAGUUUACCAUGCAAGCAUAUCAAGUGUGAAGGAGUUGAUGAUUCAAGAUGUUGUUGCAAGAGUGCCUUAUGGAUUCACAAGUGAGGAGGCUAUGAGAGUUUCUAUUAUAAAAAGUUGGUGCAACUAG